AUGAAGAGGUUGCAGACCUUCUUAGUUCAGGUGUCAACUGAUGAGGACUCCCUUAAUGAAGAUGAUGAAGAAGAAGUUGACACAGAACAGUAUAGCGAUCAUCAGUCAUGCUUAGAAGAAGAUUUAGAUUUAUUAACGAUCAGCCUGGCCGCUAUCCGGAUGCUGAUGAUGGAUGUUCCGAGUCCCACGACUCAAGGAGAAUCUGUGGAGUUAAUUUGCAGCUAUGAAUUACUUGACGAAGACAAACUCUACUCUGUCAAAUGGUACAAGGAUGAUGUUGAGUUCUACAGAUAUGUUCCUAAUGAUUGGCCUCCUGGACAAUUUCUUCCACUACAAGGGGUACGAGUAGAUUUAUCUAAAUCAGGCAGCCAAAGUGUAUAUCUGAGGCAUGUGGACCUCAAUAGUGCUGGGACUUACAGAUGUGAAGUUUCGGCGGAAGCUCCAGAAUUCCAGACGGUUGAAGCAGAAAAAGAAAUGAAAGUUUUAGUUCUACCAACAGAAGGACCAAAAAUAACAGGUGGACUAACAAAAUAUCGCGUUGGGGACGUUGUGUUUGUAAAUUGCACAUCAUCAAAGUCUAAACCAGCUGCAACACUGCAUUGGUACAUCAACGAUGAAUUAAUAACGCAUAAAAAACCUCAAUACGAAAUGGAGCAUUCCACAAGACUGCAGUUGGAUGGAUUGGAGUCGUGCAGUCUAAGCUUAAGGUUCACUGUGAACGAAAUGCACUUCCGCGGUGGUAAUAUGAAGCUGAAGUGCACUGCUACAAUUUCCCGCGUUUAUACCAUGAGCAAUGAGGAGCUUGUCUUCAGACAGCAAACGUCAGGACUACAUAUAAUGGAAAAUAUGAGUCAUGUUAGAAAUUCUUCGUCGAUGUUACUAUGUCACAACAUACUGAUGCUCCUUUUAAUCAUAUCCACGCUCAACUAUCAGAAUCAAAUACAUCACUUUAGAAGGACUUCAAAAUACUCAAAAAUUUGA